CUGUUUGAGUAUGUUGAGGGUAUAUUGUGGAUGCACAGGUGAGGUCUUUAUAAACAGUGAGAGGGCAUAGGAAAAACCAUAAGUGGUUGUUUCCCCCUGAGGCAGACAGACUCGUCUCCAGACUCUACAGAACACAGUUGUCUUCUCUCCACGGAUCAAGCCCUAUCUGACUGAGAGACAUGUCCUCCUCCUCUCUCCCAUGGUGCCUGCUGGUGGUGUGUGUUCUGACUGUGGUCCAGAUCUAUGCUGCAGAGGAACCUAAAGUCCUCAAGGUGUUCAACCUCCAUGCCACUGACCUGCACAGCAGCCUGCUAGGGACCCCUGAUGCCUACGUCGAGGUGUUCAGAGCUUACGGCUUUCUCGGGAGGACAGAGGUGAAGAACAACAACCAUGACCCCAGCUGGAACGAGGAGUUCAGCUUCCUCAACGCCCAUGAGAACAACAUCUUGAGGUUGGAGGUGUACGACAGCGACAUCAACUCCAACGACCUGCUGGGGACCUGCGAGCGCUCCAUCAAGAUCGGAACUUGGAAACAUCAAUGUUUCCUCAAGAAGGGUGGGAUCCUGAACUACUCCUACACCCUCGAGCCUCUACAGUAGAUCCUGAACUACUCCUACACCCUAGAGCCUCAACAGUAGACACUGUACUAGUCCUACACCCUGGAGCCCCUAGCCUAGAGUAGAGCCCCUCCAUCAACUACUGUAAGCCCACAAUGCUCAGCUAGAGUAGCAAGACCUCCUCCUCCAUUGUCUGACCCCUCAUCUGUUACAUGUCUUUC